UUCAGCGGCAGUUGUUGAAGUUGUUUGGGCUACUGAGAAUAUUUUCCUUUUAUUUUUAUUAGCUUUUUUUUUUUUUAAUUGUAAUAAUAAUAAUAAUCAUAAUAGCUUUUGUUCUAUAGUUAAACUCUUCUGGUGUUGGAAUCAUGUCGUUUUCCAGGGCUCCUUUGAAAAGGUUUAAUGAACACAUCGGCUGUGCACCUCCACCAGGUUCAUACGAGCUGAAGCCUGGCGAAGUGAAGGGUGCCGCUUCGUUCCACAAGGCAGAGCGCUUCAAACCACAAAAACUUGGACCACCCACCUCCAAAGAUGUUCCCAUGUCUCCAGUGCGCAGGACCAUGUCAGUGGACGGCUUGACCGAUAGCUCAAAAAAGGACAAGAGCAACUUUCAAGUUGAAAUGAAACAGCAGAAGCUGCUGGAGAAAGAGAUCCGCUCGCUGGUUCAGCAGCGAGGAGAACAGGACCGCAGGCUUCAGACCCUAGAGGAAGAGCUCAAGAAGCUGGAGGCUAAACUGCUGGCUGCUGUGAGAGAGAAGACGGGCCUCGCAGCCAACGUGGCCUCUUUUGAAAGACAGCUUGCUGAAUUAAAGAAAACCAACGAGUUCCUCAAGAGCAAGGUUUCUGCAGACACUACAAAGAAGAAAAUCCACUCGCUGUCUAUGGAGCUCAUGGAAGCGAGGAACAGACUGGAUGCUAAGGACAAGGAGCUGAGUUUCCUGCAGAUCAGCUUAGACGGCAAAGUAAAGGUCUUGGAGACCGAUCUUGAAGCUUCAAGAGCAACUCUUAAUGCUAUUAAGGAGAGGAACAAAGAUCUUGAGAGCCUUCAUGAAGAGUCUAAAGCUCACAAUGAGGAGCUGGAGAAAGAAAUGGAUAAGCUGCAUGCUGUUAUACAGGAGCUGAGGGAGGAGCUCAAAGUGCUGCAGAGCUACCUUGAUACUGCAAAUGAAGAGAUUCAGGAUCUAAAAAGUAAACUGCAGGACAAGUCCGCAAUGGAGCGCCGUGUCUCGGAUUCUCAAGAGAAACUUGGUGAGGUGGAGCAGAAGCUGGAGCAGCGCAUGGUGGAGCUCCAGGAGUCUCAGAGUGCCCUGAAGAAGACGGAGCAGGAGCUGCAGGAGUGCCACAGCACCCUUGGGGAACGGCAGAGAGAGCUGGAGCAUCACAAGUGUGAACUAGAGGCCUCUCGGGCUAUGCUGAAAGAGCUGGAGGAGAAGAGCGUCCAGGGAGCUCAGGAGCUCAAGGACUCGCAGGGCACAGUGAGGCAGCAAGAGCAGGAGCUGGCCCGAAUGAGGGAGGUGCUGAGAAGAACAGAAGAGGAGUUGGACCAGCGGGUGGCCCACAUGAAUGAGCGUUGCUUGAGCAUGGAGGAAGAGAGGGCCAGGACACAGGAGGAAGGGCUGAAGAGAGUGCAGGAACUGCUGGCUGAGGUUAGCUCACUGGAGGAGAGCAAAAAGUGUGAGAAAGAAGCUCAUGACAAGCUGAAGCAGGAGCACUCUGCCCUUGUUGAACAGUUCGAGGAAGAGAAGGCUCGUAAUGACUCCCUGUCCAGCUUGAUGGAAUCUCUGCGUGAUGACCUGGACAAAGAGAGGAAGCAGUUAGAGGAGGAGUUGGAAGAGGUGUUGGAGGAAGUGAAUGUGCUUGAGGAACAAGAUAAGCUCCUGCAGGAGACCAUCCAUCUCUUAACCCAGGAGAAACUCACAACGGAGGAAGAAUUGAACAGCGCCCGUGCAGAGCUAGAGAGGAGCAAAGCAGAGAUGAGUACUUUGGAAGAGGUUCAUCAGGAAACUGUGAAGAAACUACAGGAUGAACACAACAGCUCACUGGGAAAGAUAGGCGACAUGGCCACUGAGCUAGAGAGUGCCAUGCAGGCUAUGAGUACGCAGAGAGAGCAGGAUGGGGCUCGUGUACUGGAGCUGAAGGAGGAGCUGGGCACAAUCACUCAGCAACUGCAGGAUGAACAGAAUAAACUCCUUCACCAACAGCACACACAAGAAAAGGAGAGGGAGGAGUAUGCCAGGAUGUUACUGGAGGUCCAGACUAAGCUGGCCCAGUGUGAGAUGGACUUGAGGCAGGCCAGGGAGGAGGUAGGACAGGAGCAAGAGGAGAAACGGCAGGCCCUGGCUCAGGUGGAGCAGACUCAGCAGCGUAGGAGGGAGUCAGCAGAAGGCAGGGUUCAGGAGGCGCGGCUCCUGCAGGAGCAGGUGGAGGCGCUGAAGCGGGAGAAGGAGCAGCUCCACCAGCAGAUGGAGCGGGAGAAGGAGCAGCUCCACCAGCAGAUGGAGCGGGAGAAGGAGCAGCUCCACCAGCAGAUGGAGCGGGAGAAGGAGCAGCUCAACCAGCAGAUGGAGCGGGAGAAGGAGCAGCUCAACCAGCAGAUGGAGCGGGAGAAGGAGCAGCUCCACCAGCAGAUGGAGCGGGAGAAGGAGCAGCUAAACCAGCAGAUGGAGCGAGAGAUGGAGCAGGAGCAACACAACUUCAAUGAACAACUCAGAGAGGCACAAAAAAGCACAUCAAAUGAUGAGACUGAGCACUGGAGAAACUUGUAUGAACAGCUCUACGCUAAAGUUAAGCCCUUCCAGGAGCAGCUGGAUGGCUUUGCGGCUGAGAGGGACGCAUUGCUCUCUGAGAAAGGGGCCACUCAGGCAGAGCUGAACAAGCUCGCAGGCGCCUACGCUAACCUGCUGGGCCAUCAGAACCAACGACAGAAAAUCAAGCACAUGGUCAAGCUCAAGGAGGAGAACUUGGAGCUCAAGCAGGAAGUGACUAAGCUGAGGACACAGCUGGGGAAGCAGAAGAGGGACCUGGAGCAGCUCAAGUCCAGUCAGGCCCCACGCCGGUUUGACCCCAGCAAAGCCUUCAAACACGAACAUAAAGAGAACCAGCAGCCUGUGGUGCCUCUUAGAUAGAGGGAAGAUCUACAAGUUGGUUAUGAUCUCAACUAAUCAGCAGUUACAUGAUGUAUUGUCACACUGCAGUUUCCACACUGUGUUUGUACGGUUCAUGUAUACUCUUUCACUCAGAAAGAUUUUAUUGACGAUCUAGACUUUGCUAUAGAAAGAACCUGUCAAGGAAAAAGGAUCAGCAGUUCUUGGUGGAUUUUUUUUAUUUUUUUUCUUCUGUCAUGUCUUAAGGCAAGGGUUGGGGGAAUUCCUUCUACACUUAGGUGUUAUUGUUCUGUAUGGUAUCUGGACACGGAGGGUGUUUUUAUUUAUUGUGUCAGUUUGUACGUUUUGGGUCACCAGUGCUGCAGGACUUAAUAUGGGAGUAAAUAUAUAUUUUUAAAUGAGUAAUAUUUUAAGCAACUCUUUGUUUUAGGUCUGGAUUACCCAACUACUAGAUAUGUUAAAAUAUGUAUGUGGUCUAGUACGCGCUAAGAUUGGUUUGUGCGUGCUCAUGCAUUAUCUUCACUACAAUUCUGAUUCAUUUUGUAACCUUUGAACUUAGCUUCAAUCUAAUUUUGUAGUCCUGUUAAUCCAAUUUAUAUUUUCAAUCCAAUUACUCAACUCAGUUCAGCACAUUUCAUGUACCAUAAUUUGAUUACUUGGCUGCUCUUUUCUUUGUUCUAAUGCUUAACUUUUUAAAGCUUUUUGAAAAGUCUUUUCUUACAUGAUUUUAAAUAUGAUAAUUGUUUUGCUAUGUAGAACAGUUAUUUAAUAAAAAAAAAUAUAUAUACAUUUCCACUACGGUUGUCAUUUUUUCCCCUUAUUACUGUUAUCUUACUGUUAUGGAAUGGUAUGCAUCAAAUGAAACUGAACAAAAGUCAUUCAUCUUAAUUUAUGGAAGCAUUUAGUACAUUGUUUUUCCACUGUAAAAAAGUGAGUGACUGUUUAACUGCUCUCUGUGAA